AAUCGGGUUAGAGUCGGGUUGAGGUGAGCGCCCUUACGGUGGAAACACCAAAGUUUUAGUUGAACUCUACCCUAUAAAAUUGUAGGGUAGCGUUCACUUGAGGUUCAGUGGAAACGACAAAAGUCGAGUUCAUGUUGCCAAUAUAGCAAAUCCUAAUUGCAUUGUGUAUCACGUGUUGUAUUAAUUGGUGUAGACAAGAAUAUGGUAGUUGACUUUGUGCAGUUGGUAAUGUUCAACCCUGCCGCAACUCCAACCCGCGACUCAAACCCGACUCUAACCCGAUUUGAACCCUCGGUGGAAACUUAGUCAAUGGCGGGGACAAGAGAAAACGUCAUUUUGACAGAAUGGCAGAAAGUCUAAUAGGUCUAGAAAGUCAGUUACAAUUUUUGUUAAGUAUGUAUUACUGUUUAGCUUACAAAAAUGGAAGGUUGUGUAUUCAUUGAAUCACAGGAAAACAGGAAACGAAGAACGAUGUCAUAAACAGUUUCCUUUUAUGCGAUUAGAAAAAAAUAUUGGACUUUUUGAUUGAAGAAAGUAUAUUAUAAAAUUUCGAUUUGUCGUCAAGGUGAACGAUUGUGAAAAUCGAACGUGUGGUGUUUGCAAAUGCAUCAUUAGUUUUACAUAAGGUUCCUGACCGUAAUACGGUACAGAUGUGAUGGAGGAUUACAAAUUUCUCUUCAAAGUUGUGCUCGUUGGAAAUGCAGGCGUCGGCAAGACUUGCCUCGUGCGCAGAUUUACCCAGGGAUUAUUUCCACCUGGUCAGGGUGCAACAAUUGGUGUUGAUUUUAUGAUUAAAACUGUAGAAGUAGAAAAUGAGAAAGUUAAGCUUCAAAUUUGGGAUACUGCUGGACAAGAAAGGUUUCGUUCAAUAACACAAAGUUAUUAUAGGUCAGCUCAUGCUUUAAUUUUAGUUUAUGAUAUUUCUUGUCAACCUACAUUUGAUUGUUUACCAGAUUGGUUACGAGAAAUUGAAGAAUAUGCAAGUAAUAAAGUUCUUAGGAUAUUAGUAGGUAAUAAAAUAGAUCGGGAAGACAGAGAAAUACCAACACAUGUAGGAGAAGAUUUUGCACAAAGACAUGGAAUGUACUUUUUGGAAACUUCUGCCAAAGAAGCUGAAAACGUAGAACGUUUAUUCAUGGAAAUAGCAGCUGAGCUCAUGGAGCAAGCACGUAGUAAAGAACUACCUAGAUAUGAAACAAAUACCACCUCAAUAAAUGGAAAAACAACAUCAAUUGGUGAUACAAGUAAUUGUGGUUGUAGUAGACUUUCUUAAGUAGUUUUUAUAUGUAUUAUUAAGUCAUUCACCAAACAUAAUUUCAGUUGCUAAAUAUGUAUGUAGAAUAUUAUCAUACAGUUUUUAUAGAAUAUGGAAGUUAAAUACAAUAUUAGUCAAUCUUCUAUAACAAAAAGAAUCUAAUACUAGAACAUCUUUGAUAUUAUAUGUUAGUAUCUAGUGUUAUAUCAUGCAGAUUAUAUUGACAAUUCUGUUGGAGAAGAUAUUAAAUGCUUAAAAUUAAAAUGAACUUUAAAUAUGUUGGUAGGUAUUUGUUUAUGAAUACGUUUUUACGAGAGAAAAGAAUUUUUCUGUCAUGGUUUUAUAUAAUUGCAUUAUUCAAAUAACAUAAGUUAGUAACCUGUAUUUGGGCAUUUAAUACUGCUUUCACAAGCAGAAGUUUGGAAUAUUUUUUAUAGUAUUUUUUGUUAUGUCGGAAAGUACAAAUAGAUAUUUCGUAUUUGGUGACUGAAUAUAAAGUCAUUAUGGAUAUAAGAUUUUUACUAAAAAGUGUAAGCCUAAUGUUGUUCAGGAUUUUUUCAGCAAUUUUAUUACAUUGCUACUAAACACAACUGACUUUUGAUAUAAAAAAAUAGGCAAUUCUAUGUGUUAAUGGUGUAUGUAGAAAUUAAUGAAAAUGAUUACAGCUUACUUUUUAUUUAGAUUAUUGUUUAUUGUAAUAAGCGAGUAAGAUUUUUGAAAUCUUACCAAUUGCAUUUACAUAGCCAAAGUUUUGUUGUACUCUUAAGAUUUUAUCUGAGUUUUAAGAAAGGGAUAAUUAAUGUUUUUCCGUCUGUGUAUUGUUUAAUGUUAUAUUUUAUAGAUCUUUUAUUAUUUAUAUUUAUAAAAAAAAAGAUAUAUUUAUUAUUCGCAUUAUUGUACUAAUAACGUAAUUUUCUUAGCACAUCACUCUAGUCUUUAUAACUUUUUAUACUAAGUACAGAAAAUUAAUCAUAAGUUAUACAUGUUUCAUAUUAUUUUGCAAUUGUGUUAUCACGCAAUGAGCAUCUUCUAUUUUUACAUAUAUUUUUCUACGAAAAUAAUUACAUGCACGUUUUAUAAUUAUUUUCAUUAAUUUUAUCUCAUCUAACGAUUUCAAUAAUGAAAUAAAAUUAUAUGUAAAUGUUCUUUUUAACUACCGUGUUUGUUAGUACUUUAUAGCUUAAACUUAAUUUUUAUUACGAGAUUUUUAUGCAAUUUUUAACAAGAACUAAAAAAUUAUAUCGUAUUUCUCUUACUUUAAAUACAUAAUGACAUCAUAUAUUGUAUUACAUAAUAGUGAUUGUGAUUCUUGUAUAAUUAUAAUGUUCUAACAAAAAACGGAGCUUCAAGUUGCCGUCACUGUGCAAUAUUUUAUUGUUCAUAAUGUAUACGUUUUAAACAAUAUACAACACGAACAAAAAAUUUGUAAUAAAAUUACACUGAUAAAACAUAUCAGUUUGUGUAUAGAUAAAAGGAUAACUAUAAAAUGCA